AUGGCAGAUGCUACUGAAAUAUCAACAGCGAUUAGCACGACUGGAGGAAUGUCGACAAGGACUGCGAUUGGUGCAUCGCCUGAAAUGGAAGUAAUAUCAACAAGAACUGCUAUAGACGCAGCUCCCAAAGUUAAAGAAAUUCAUACAGUAAAGGAAGGAUCAACAAUGAUGGCGGCAGGAACCCUUCCCAAAGAAGUAGCUUAUUCAAGCGGCAGAGUGGGCGAAACCGAAUCACUUUCGGUAUAUUAUGGAAUUAACGCGACGCAACUGGCUGAAGCUACCCAGCCUACAACUGCAGGAGUAAAACCACCACCUUCAACAUCCCCUGCCACUUCGGUAUAUUUCACGCCAACCGAAUCUGACGGCUCGGGAGUGACGUCCGUUUAUUUCUCUACCAAUAAAUAA